CCGGUAAACCGGUCCGACUACGUAGCUUCAAGGUAAACUGUCUGUUUGUGUGAGACAACUCCAGCGUCAACACUCGUGCUCUUGUACAUUCAACGCGUGGAGGGAGAGAAAAAGCGGGAGGUGACGAAGAAACAUGGCGGAAAGAGAACCAGAGGACGAGGCGCUAGUUGACGGGCAGGCGAACGGGACCGCCACGGAUAAAGAUCAGGGCAUCUCUGACUCCAUCAAGGUGAACUACGACAAGGCCCUGAAGUACCUAGGCGGGUUCGGGCCGUGGCAGAAGCGGGUUUACCUCCUGGUCUGCCUCCCGGCCAUCUUCAACGCCUUCCAGACCAUGGGCAUCGUCUUUAUCGCCGCCGAGCCGGAGUUCAGCUGCCGGCAACCUGAUGUCAACUUCACGGGACUGAACGCGACCGACGCCGAGAUCCGUAACAUCACCGUCCCCUGGGAGAGAAAGGACGACGAGUGGAAACAGAGCCAGUGUUUCAGGUACAGUUAUAACUUCUCUGCCUCAGAUCUGCAGACGACGUACCAAGAUUUUGUGGACAGGUACCCGGUAGCCAACAGGACCAAGAUAAAGUGCGACCAGGGAUACGUGUAUGACAGGUCACAGUUCGAGAACACGGUCGUCACUCAGUGGGACGUGGUGUGUGAUAAGAAGUGGCAGGUGAACAUGAUUCAGUCGGUGUGGAUGGCUGGGCUGAUGUUCGGCUCUUUCUUCGGUGGACACGCGGCAGACAUCUGGGGCCGGAAGCCGGUCCUCUUGGUCCUGCUUGCCGUGCUGUACCUGUUCGGCAUGGCCUCCGCCUUCUCACCGAACUUCAUCGUCCUCGUGGCCUUCCGCUUCAUCAUGGCAUCUGCCUGUAUGAUCAUCUUCGAGAUACCCUUCGUCAUAGGCGCUGAGAUGGUGAGUCCGGAGAAGCGUACUCUGGUGGGGAUGAUCAUCAUGAUCUACUGGGCGGUGGGAUACGUGCUGCUGGCCGGGGUAGCCUACCUCAUCCGGUCCUGGAUGUGGUUCCAAAUCGCCGUCACCAUGCCCUACCUCAUCGGCAUCGCCUACUACUGGCUGAUCCCUGAGUCUCCACGUUGGCUGAUCUCCAGGAACCGUCACAGCGAGGCCAAAGUCAUCGUGGAGGAAGGAGCAAAGAUUGCCAAGGUGGCGCUUCCAGAUGAAGUGUUCCAUGACGAUACUCCUGUCACAAAGGACGUAGAAGGGGGUUCUGAAAGAUCCCUCUACACGUUUGUGGACCUGUUCCGGACCCCAAACCUGUGCAAGUGGACCCUCAACCUGUUCUUCAACUGGGCUGUGAACAGCAUGGUGUACUAUGGGAUAUCUCUGAACGCGGCGGCGUUCCACGGAAACUUGUACCUGAACUUCGCCAUUUCCGGAUUUGUGGAGAUUCCGGCAUACAUCAUCUCUAUCUUCAUCCUGGACAAGUUUGGAAGGCGCUGCUCUCUGUCCAGUCUUAUGGUGGUCGGAGGCUUGGCCUGUAUCGUUGCCUUCUUCAUUCCGAAGCACCUGUUCUGGCUGACCACGACUCUGGCCAUGAUCGGAAAGUUCUGCAUCACCGCCACCUUCGCCAUCGUCUACAUCUUCACAGCCGAGAUCUACCCCACCGUCAUCAGGAAUAUCGGCGUCGGCAUGGGCGCCAUGAUGGCUCGUGUUGGCGGGAUCGUAGCGCCGUUCAUCGACCUGCUGGGCGUCUAUUGGACGCCGCUGCCUUACGUCAUCUUCGGCGGGACGUCCAUCGCCGCCGGACUGCUGGCGCUGCUGCUACCGGAAACCAAGGGGAAGGCACUUCCGGAAACCAUCGAGGACGGAGAGAACUUCGGGAAGGGAGAAGGCAUUGUGGACGAAGAGAGAGAAACCGCUCGACUUUAGCUCUGGGAACAAAAAUUGUUCAUAAAACUUGAUCUUCUACUUACGACUUGAGCUCUGAGAACAGUUCUUUCUGACGCGGGGUGGGUGGGGGUGAUUUCCAUUCGAACAUUCGAACUCGUUCUAAGAACUUGCCUUGCGCUGACGUGCACUAAAUUCGAACGCAUCUAGAAUUUUCUGUUCUAAGAACGUACUUUGUACUGACGUGCACUGAAUUCGAACGCAUCUAACAUUUUCUGUUCUAAGAACGUACUUUGUACUGACGUGCACUAAAUUCGAACGUAUCUAGAAUUUUUUCUGUUCUACGAACGUACUAAAUUCGAAUCUAGCAUGUACGAAGGCACUUCCAGAAACCAUCGAGAAUGGAGAAAACUUUGGGAAGGAAAACGGCUCGCCUUUAGCUCUUGGAACAACAGUUAAUAAAACUUCACGAUUUUCUUCUUCCGACUUUAGCUCUGAGAACAGGUCCUUCUGACCGGUUUAUUUCCAUUCGAACAUUAGAACUCGUUCUAAGAACUUGCCGUGCGCUGACGUGCA